ACGAACCUAGUGUCAUUCGGUAUUUGGAAGCCUAGAAGCUUGCUUUCAGUAUGUGUUCAUUUAUGGCAGUAUCCAUCGCUCUGCUUCUGGCAUUGACGAUUGUAAGGAGAGCCGAUGCUCAGUUUUGCACGUCCGGUUGCCAAUACACGAGCCGGACUACAGGGCGAACCUCGUGCAGGAGGAGUGGGGAGAGAUGGUCGGAUGGGUGUCUCCUUGACUGUCAGUGCAACGGUCGGACAUGGUCGUGUCAGUACAAGUGCCCCAUUGUGACAGCCCCAGCUGGGUGCCAAGUGGUGGACGACCCUAACGGUGGCUGCUGCAAGAAGGUGAAAUGUGGAAAUACUAUCUGUGGCGGUGAGUCAAAUUUUAUUAGCCCGAGUUUCAUAGUGCCGACGGUGACUGUCCUCCGCCCAGGAUAUGGUCGAAUAAAGAAAGUUUGA